CAGUCUGUUUACAACUCUGAUGGCGGACGGCUAAUGCUAACCACCGAGGGAGGAAGCUGCAGUUAAAUCGUAUUUUACUAACAUUUUGCGGCGGUUUCGCUACAAAUGGCUUCUCAGAUCCCUAUUACCGUCAGGACCCAGCCGACGGCCGCCAGCUCCGCCGCUCUCCGGGGGAAGAAACGUCCCGGAAGUCCGGCGGUGUCCGGAGCUCCGCAGGCCGCCGGGAGCAACAAGAAAAAGAAGCCGGCAGCGACUCCGACAACUCAGGCCCAGGUAUUUCAUCAGGUAGCGACAGUGGAGCCGGCGGCUGAGGUGAAGCCGGUGGGAUCAGCUGACGGCGGUCCAAACGCCGCCGCGGAGUCCACCGCGAAGCCUCCGCCUUUCAAAGACCACACGUUCAUGCACUCUGGGAUUGGUGGAGCAGCAGCAGGCAAAAAGAACAGGACCUGGAAGAAUCUCAAACAGAUUCUGGCUUUGGAGCGGACUUUACCCUGGAAGCUCAACGAUCCCAACUACUACAACAUUGACGCUCCUCCUUCCCUGAAACCAGCCAAGAAAUACUCAGACAUCUCUGGCCUGCCUGCCAACUACACAGACCCUCAGACCAAGCUACGCUUCACAUCUUCUGAGGAGUUCUCUUACAUCCGGCUCCUCCCCACUGAUGUUGUUACCGGCUACCUGGCCCUUCGAAAGGCAACAUGCAUCGUACCCUGACAGCGGAGCGACGCUGGAAACCUGAAACACACCAGAACUGAACUCAUGUCAGCGCAGGAGGCUGCCGAGCUGACCGGGACGGAGCUCAGAGCUCAGAGCUGAACCUGGGUCUGGAGGCUGCUGGAGGGGAAACUGCAAGAGCUCAAAUGCUGCUAAACUGUAGUACUGCUGUGACUGAACCUCAAGCAGUUUCUGGGUAUUUUACUCACUGUGGAUUAAUUUGUCACUGCAAUGUAAAGUCCUGCAUCUCUGUGGAAACAGAACAACCACAAUGAAGAGGAAAAAGGACUCAAACCUGUCUUCUGUGUAGUAUGACACGGUUAUAAUGCUGUAAAUCACAAGAACGGAUAAAAACAAAAGUUCAAAUUCCACGAUUCUUUAUUUUCUUUAAAAAUUAAAGAAACCUGGAAUACACAUUUUCCAACUGCCCAAAGCUUUUUUUUUUUUUUUUUAGAAAGACUAGAAAACAUUGUGGCUCUACAUACUACAGAUAUUUUACCAUUUGCAUGUUUAAUGUUUCCAUACUUGUAUCCAAUCAGCUCUGUGAAAGCACAGCCUGCAGUUCAGCCGAAAAGUCCCUGAAAUUUUAUUACAUCAUUCAACUUUCUUUUUAUUUCCCCCUCAUUUUUAUGAUGUAUGGCAUUAUAACUGUGUGAAGACAGUUUUGAGUCCUCUGUACUUCUAGUCAUGGUUGUUCUGUUGCCAUAGAGCUGCAGGACUUCAUGUUGAAGUGCAAAAUGAGCCCACAGUGAGGAAAAAUGUAACAGGAGCAAAAAACAUGCCCAGAAACUGCUCAGAGUUCAGAUGAUUCAGAUGUUAAAUGCCACACUGUGUCAAAUAUCUGUUUCUAGUGGCAGAUUGUGGAGGAGAAACGUUGCUGUUGGAAAGACUUUGAUUUUGCUUAUCCUAAGGUGCCUCUUAAGUAGCUUGAAUUUUGCAUUAAAGUCUCUUUUUCUAUUCA